UUGUUUGGCGAAACUGCUGUUGUAUCAUUCUUGGAAGGCAACGCCAUGGCAAACUCCAAGCACCUCCUCACUACUCAUCUAUCUUCAUAUAAGACCGACCUCCACACGCACAUUCAUGGCCUCCAAGAGACGCAUUGGUCCCAUUGUUGGUGCCUCCUCUAAAUCAGUGAACCAUCGCAUCACCGAUUUUUAUGGUCCACCAGCCCGAUUGAAGCGGCAAAAGACCCAAGAUUAUAUCCUGGACUCUGCCACUGAGCCCCAGUCGACCACAAUGGCAUCAUCCCUGGCCGAAUCAUCCUGGGAGGACAAGCCCUCAUUGGCAGACCUCAACUUAUUCUCCCAAGAGGAACAAAACUGGGAACACUACACCCGAACCAGGGCAUCAUGUACCGCGACAGUUCACUCACUUCCUGGAAAAACUCGCUCUGAACCAAAGACUAGAAAACUUGUCCUCACCUACGAGCAGGGUGAUUUGUUUGAUGCCCCGCCCAACAGUGUCCUCAUUCACGCCUGUAAUACGAUUGGCAAGUGGGGAGGCGGUAUUGCUCUCGCUUUCAAGAAGUCUUACCCAGCUGCCUUUGAGAUUUACAGGAAGCAUUGUCAAGAGUUUACCCCGGAUGAGCUCGUCGGGACGGCUCUUCUCAUUACCCCUCAGUCCGACAGAUAUUGGCAUGUCCGGGGUGAUGAGGUCGAAGUUGGUAGUGUGGAGGGUGACGACGAAGCCAAAGAUGCCCCUGAGGUCAAAGACGAAGAUAGAGCUGAAGUUGACGAGAAUGAGGUUGGCAACGCUGGGGUACAAGGCACCGAUGGCAAAACAAGCAACGCCAGCAAAGAACCCCCAGAAGAAGAAACCACCAACUGGAUCCAAGUCCCAAAACGCUCCAUACACCCCCAAGAACAGAGAUUCAACUGGGCCAGGCAGAACGACGACGAUGGUUCCAAAGGUGAAUCCAACCCCCAGCGCCGGUCCCCCCACGAAAAAGACAUCCACUACGUCGCCUGUCUCUUCACCAGCAAGAACGUCGGCGCCAAGCGGGACCCCCCGGAUGAGAUCCUCAAGCACACCGAGUCAGCCAUGCUCAAUUUCUUGUCCAAGCUCAACGACGUCAAGUUCAACCAGGAGGACUGCCCUUUUAUUCCCCAAGUGAGGAUGUGCAAGAUCAACUCGGGGCUUUUUGGCGUUCCGUGGGAGCGGACGAGUGGGUUGCUGGAUGGGAUGCCGCUGAGCAGGUUCCAGACGUGGGGGAGGGGGGAUUUUAAGAUUGUGGUGGCUUCCAAAGACGGCGAUGGUGUGGUGAACGAGGAGAACGGGGAGAAGAAGAUGUCCAAGGGGGAGGAAUGGAGGGAAUAG